CACCCUCUACUCAGUCUGCUCAGGACACAUUACAAUUUCAUCAUGAGCACUUCCAGAAUUUUCGCCGCGCAUAACCGCCGCCUAAUAAUCAUGGUAAUCCUACUUCACUCUAAGUGGGUAUACCUACAUUUCCUUCUAUUUAAGGGCUACCUCCAACUUUUGACAUUUUUCUCUUCGCCCUCUUCCUUUAUUCCUCUGUGCACUAUAUUGUAUUCAAACUUUUUGCCUUUCUCUUUUUAUCUCUCGUUUGACCUAAAUUUAACAUUCGUUCCGUUUUGAAGAGCCAGUCUGGCUUCCUGCCCUUCUCCCUCAAAAUCAUAUCUUAAUACGGAAUCUCCGCUAUGGGUGCUUCAGCUCUUCGUGGCUCCAGGAAAAAGACUGUUCUUAGCCCUGAACACUAUCGACAACAUCGUCGAGAUCUGGAAAACACAGGCGUUUUUCAGAAACGUCACGCCAAAUCAACGAAGAACAACAUCAAAGGAUGCUUACAGUGGACUGGCAUUAGGCAUUGCGAUUUUCUCGGGGAACACCGACUAAAAUUCCUUGUGGCAGCCCGGAAAGAAGAUGUCAUGAUCUUUUUGAAAUGGAUACUUGACAACUACGCCAUAAAAAAGUUCAGCAGUUUACAUGAAAACUGGAGGCAAUGGUGCCAACUGUAUCGUCAAGCUGUUGGUCGCAGUCUUCACACCAAAUGCCGUAGUGACAUCAAUGAUUACAUGACUGGGACCCUGGUGCCCUUAUAUAACCUAGACCUGUCUGUCGGAGACAAACCUGUUAUGAAUGUCGACGACUUAUACCUGGUGCUUCAUCAUCACUGGGUACUAGACAGAACGCCAUACCCUGAUGGCAGGCAGAUUAUCCAACUAGCCUUCCUUCUUCUGGUUUCCGCUUACACCGCCAGUCGGCCAGGGGCAUUAGUAUAUGUGGAGAGGAAUGAGCGAACCAAUAUUUCACAUUUCUAUGGUCGUGGUAACAAUGAUAACGAGGGAGACGAGGAAGCGGAAUGGGACACAAUGAGCGAGGAUCUAAAGACCCUUUGCUACGGUCAGAUAAGCUUGAUCCUGUUGCCAAAUCCCCAUGGCCCUCGUGAUCACUUAGUAAUGGAGAUUGACCUGAAACACACAAAAGGUCACCUCAAUAAACCCAAGCGUAAAAUAUUUCUGAUGUCCGAAGUGAAGGAGUCAGUAUUCGAUAUUAUAAUACUUGUUAUCGUCAUGGCAAUUCUUGAUGAUGCGUUCGAGAGUAAUAUUCGUUCUGUCGAGGAAGUGUUCUCCAGCCGUGUGCUUGCUCCUCGACGCUCCAACCGCCUCAAAUUUCGUAAGGACAAAUUGAACGUUCCAGUAUGCAGGCAACCUAUCUCGACUGGGUACGGGACUAGAACGCAUGACAUGAAGCCACUGAAAUAUCACACGUACCUAUAUUAUCUCCAACGUUUGAAUUUGGCUGUUGGCAUGAUUCAGGCUAUGAGGCCGUACGAUCUACGGCGAGGCACGGGCGAAGCAGUCGAUAGUGUUGCAUCACUUCCAUUGCUCCAGCAAGUUAUGGGACAUGCUUAUGCCAGCGUCUACCAGAAGUAUAUGAACCAGCGAGUCCAGUGCCAUGUCCAGGCAGCAUUUCUUGGAAUACCUUCUGAGAAUGCAUUGAUGAAUAUCCUCAGUCAUCAGAGUCGUUAUGUGGAUCCUCGUGCACCGGCCCACUUUGACGAUCUUACUUCUACACAAAGAGCUUCAAUCUCGUCUCACCCAGAAAUAAUUCGUCUUCGAGAACUACGAGAUUCUUUAGCUGCGGAAGCAAAAGAGCUUUAUGGAUCGAGCAAGAACGCAGCAGGCACAAAGAUUGGAGAACUUAAGGCUAAGGCUGAUGCUAACCUGCGCUGUGCAAAGGCAAAACUGAAAAAGGAAGCCUUUAACGCUGCUCGUGGAGAGUUCUUUGACACAAUCGACACAAAGGAGAUAAAUAAGCAGCUCGACCCGUCUUUCAUAGACGUCGAUGACAAUGAAUAUCGCCCCGAAUCUGUCGUUCACAAGCUGGAGGAGCGAAGGCGCAUAGCACAGAUGAUGAAGCUCCCUACCAAGGACCUCUCUGAGAAAGAAGCUCUAGACCACCGGCUUGCACUAGCAAAUGCGCUGAUUGACCUCGGCCUGUCGUCUCAACCAGAUAAAGACCCGUCUUCUCCAGAGCCUCGCGCCUCCCCUAUUGCUCUCACUAACAAGCAUUGUCUCUUCUGUGUAUUCAGUCCGCAUCAUCAAUGCUAUUUUUCAACAUCUCGGAAAGCGCGAGAACAUUUUGAAACGCAUCUGCGGGCUUUCGGGCGUGAAGAGCCGAUAUCGUGCCCAGAUGAAUUCUGCCAGCUUGUUCUACAUGGCCAUCAAGAGCUGAAGAGCCAUGCAGAUCAAGUUCACAAAGUUCGUUAUUUCACAGAAGCUCAGCGUAUAAGAGCUGGUUUUUAG